AUGAUGUCACGCUAUGCUCCCAUGCUUUGUUGUCUUUGCGGUGAUUUAGUCCCGGAACCUACAGAUUCUCGCACUUGUCAAAGAUGUCUAUUGCAAAAUGUAAACAUUACCCACCAAAUCCCUACUCAGACAAAUUUGUUACAGUGUUGUACUUGCAAAAUGUUCUAUCACAAUCAUUGGAUUAACGUUCAACUUGAAUCUAAAGAAUUGUUGUCAAUUUGCAUAAGAAAAACAAAGGGCCUAGACAAAGUACAAAUUGUUGAUGCUAAAUUUUUGUGGACUGAACCACACUCGAAGAGAAUCAAAGUCCAAUACCAGCUAAGGAAAGAAAUUAGCAUGAAAUGCGUUGUUGAACAACAACACGUGGUUGAGUAUAUGAUACGGUCAACUCAGUGUGACAAAUGCAAGCAGUCUUACACUCCUCAUUCCUGGGAUGCAAUAGUUCAAAUUAGACACAAGGUAAAGGAUAAGAAGGAGAUAUUGCUUCUUGAACAGGCAAUUAUCAAGCAUCAUGCACAGGAGAAUGUAAUAAAAAUUGUUCCACAAUUAUAUGGAUUUGACUUGCAUUUUGGUUGUAAAAAUCAUGCCCAAAAGUUUGUAGAAUUUGUAUGUGAAAGAACAGUUUCACAAGUUAAGCAUUCAAAGAAAUUGAUUACUCAUGAUAGCAACAAUAAUUCAUAUAAAUAUAAAUAUAGUACUAAUAUUGAUAUGGCAGAGAUAUGUCGCGAUGACUUAAUAUAUUUACCUUUGAAAUUUGUAUCGCAAUUUGGCGGGAUAUCGUCAUUUUUAUUGUGUAUCAACCUUAACAAAACAAUCACUUUGAUAGACCCUUUUACCCUAAGGAAAGUUGAUAUUUCUGCAGAUAAAUACUGGAGAAAUCCGUUCUUUUCCAUAUAUACGAAGAUACAUUUGUCGCAGUUUAUAGUAGCUAACAUUGAAAAUAGUAAAACUUAUAUGAUUGCUGGUGCCAAAUACGCAGAUAAAUAUCAACUUGUAGAUCUGGAAUUAAUUCCUUGUGGCGGGAGUGAAGUUAUUUAUACCACAAGCCAUUUGGGUAGGCAGUUACGCCCUGGUGACACUUGUGCUGGUUACGAUCUGAGGCAUUUGAAUACAAUGAAUGAGCAACAGUCAGAUGCACUGGAAAAGGUACCGUAUGAUGUAAUAAUUGUCAAAAGGGUAGUAAAAAAGCACAGGAAAGCAAGACCAUGGGUGUUAAAAUCACUGACAAAGAACACUGAUAUGUUGUUUAAUGACUUAGAAGAAUUUAAGGAUGAUCUAGAUGAUGUAGAAGAGCUACGCAACGAUAUAAUAUUUUAUAAGAACCCAAAGUGUGACGUCCCCAUAACUGAAUCUUCUGACUUUGACUGGCUCAGUGAGAAGAUCCAGGACUUAUCACUGGACAAUGAUGGGAGUUAUUAUUAA